AUGGUCAAGUCACUCUACAUCGAUUCUUGCUCCGCCGCACCAACUGAGAUCUUCGAGGACCCGAGAUCUCUAUUCCAAUUCGACGAUGAUUUCAAUGCAGACAAUGUUCAGGUGGAAGACUAUUUGGAGAUGCAAGCCGCCGAGGAGACUAUUGAGAAUGCGAUGGGCGUUUAUCAGGCGAAUCUGGAAGUGGAUCCAACUGGUACGAGCACAUUUUGGACGGAAGAAUGGAAUGAAAUAGCUGUCGUUCUCAAAAGAGACGAGCGAUUCUUGAGAAGACACCGAAGGAAUCCUGAUAGACAUUUGAAUUGGGACGAUGAGGAUGGCGACGAGGAUGAUGGCGACGACGAAGAGGACACGGACAGUAAUAUCGACGAUAAGGAAGUAUGGUGGUUUCCCGUUAUUCCGAGAUUCAAAGAUGAGAGCACAUUCAUCAAUUUCAUUAUUAUAUGCCACCUUUUACUGACAUUUUUCCUCUUGAUAUUACCGCAUUUGUGUACGAUCAUCGUUCGAAUAGUACCGAUAUUGUGUGUAAUGUGCUUCCCGAUGCGAUAG